CAAUUGUUAAAUAUUUUGGUCAAUUAUUGUUAUUUACCUUGUCAAAUUGUAAAACUUUAUUUGAUGUGUAUAAUAAAAUGAGUCUGUAAUGCAUGAGCUGUUUGCACAAGUCCUCACCAAGAAGGAUCUGUCUAAGGCGGGAGAGUUAUUCUCCCUUGACGACAGUGACAUCAAGAAUGACCUCACACAGGUGCUUGAACGUAUCUGUGAGAUUGCCAAGAGUCCUGAGUAUGCCACAAGUGACAACGAUCAGUCAGUGGUAGAGAUAUGCAUCACUAGGGUCACCUCCGCAAUAAGAGAGACACACAGUAUAGAGGAGAAUGCAGCAGGUCUUGUACAACUCCUGGAAGUGUGCCACACCCACAACCUGCGUCCCUCGGGCAUCAAGGACGCUGACCCUCCACACACCAAAAUUGCCUCCGACAUCAUGAGCUGUCUUUUCAUGCAUUACGGCAAAGAGAAGGUGAUGUCCCUUGCGAUACCUGUCGUGGUGAAGUUCCUUAGCACAGACCAUAAGGAGCUGAGUCACAAUGUAUCCAGUUACCUCUCCCUGGCCGCCAUCGACAAUGCCGACAUGCUUGCCCAGUACAUGGAUCUUAUUGUCAACAGCAUUCUUAAAGGCAAGCACGCUCUUGCGAGAGUGUUGCCACAGAUUUACACGCAGAACCCCGAGCCGGUAACCAGGCGACUUCCGGAACUGGUUGCUGUUUUUGAGCCUUGUGGCGUGUCGGAGCGCGUCAGCCUCUUGCAAGUGUUUGGCAUGAUCGCCAAGUCCAAACCAAAGAUCCUGGAAUCUCACGUGGCGGCGUUCUGUAAGUACCUCUCCGUCAGUACCCUGAUACCACUCAUACUCGCUAUGUUUGUCGACAUGGCCACGGCCAAUCCUGCGGCGUUCGUUGACCACAUGACCGUACUGAAGCAGAUGGUGGACCAGCAGGCGGCGUUCCUACACCAGGUCGUACAGAUUGUUGGGGCCGUGGGCACCGUGUCGCAGCCGCAUGCGAUCCGAAGCAUGGCGUAUCUGGUGUUGCUAUUGGCGAAGGUGACUGACCAAUCAGCGCUUGUAGUCAUUCUGCAGGAAAUCAAGGCGUUGGGGCUGCUGCACCAUGAACUUCUGGAAGACAACAUCUCCGAGAUCAGUCGCCUGUCACAGAGUGGGUCCAGCAGCGUAAGGAUCCUGGUCCAUCAGCUGAAGGAGGACCACAAGAAAUAUUCUGGUCAGAGAGAGAUGAGGUCAGUGUCCAGUCAGACAGAGGGCACGGUCACCAUCAUCACCGUCGGCAGCCCGGCGUAUCCUAGCAACGUUGUGGGCGUCAGGCAACAGCAGCCCAAUAGCGCUCGGUCCAGUCAGCAGAGCCUGUCAAAAUCUUCCAGAAAUAGCAUUUCCAACAACUGGUCCCUCACUGACCGACCAGUAAGUCCCGCCUCCACGCUUGACCGGGCAUCGCUUAACAGCGCCCUCACGUUGAACAGCAGCUCUGGACUUCCGCCAGAACCAUUGCGAGAUGGUGUGAAACUGUUCUGUGAGAAGCACAUGGAUACUAUACGAAAAUUCAUCAACAGUCUUUCAGCGAGAAUUCCUCUUCCUGCCAAGUGCAGCAUUGUGGAUGGUCGUCACAAACGCUAUGUUCGUCUGAACUUCCACUGCGGUAUCCACGGCAGCCACUGUCUCUACGGGAAGCAGUUCUUUGUCCUCAACACGAAACUUCCCAAGACCUGGAUCCAUCUCAUGUUUUUAGCUGUUCAGGCGCAGUCUCAGUCGGCGCUGAGCCAGCAGGACCUGAGUGUGAGCAGUCUCAAGGCAUGCUGGGACGCCCUCUACCCCGAGAAGGGUAAUAGGGGUUACCUCACCCUGGUCACGUCAUCUUUCCCCUCAGCCAGGGACCAGGAUGCACUUCUGCAGGAGCUCCACAGCGUGCGCUACUUUGAUGUGUUUGAGUUCAAUGCGCCGAAGAAAUACUGGGCCUGUUUCAUGUGCAACCAUCCGGAGAAAUUGUCUCAACUAAUGCCCGAUGGGAGCCCUGUAAUAGCAGGACAGCUGAAGGAGAAGAAGGGACGAUGGAAGUUCCUGAAGCGAUGGAAAACGCGCUACUUCACACUGUCUGGUAGCCAGAUCACCUACAGUAAAAGUGAUUCUAGCAAAGAAACAUUGCCAGUUCGUGAGAUUCAAAGUGUGAAAGCUGUCCGAAAAGGCAUCCGUGACAUUCCAAAAGCGUUUGAAAUUUUUACCACCGAUCAGAAUUACGUCUUCAAAGCCAAAGGUCAACAGGACAUUGAGCCUUGGGUGCAGUGUAUUCAUCUCGCCGUUGCCAAGGCGCAGACGGAAGCCGAACAGAAUAUUGUGGAGAACGCCGUCAUACCCCGCCCUCGACCAACUGUGCGCGAUACGAAACUGUGACAUUGAAAAAUGAGUUAUUGGACCGUGCGGGAUAAGAAACUGUGACAUUGUGAAAUGAAUUAAUGAGACCGUGCGCGAUACAAAACUGUGACAACGGGAAAUGAGUUAAUGAGACAGUGCGCGAUAAGAAACUGUGACGUUGUGAAAAAGGUUGUGAGAAGUUUGCGUUGUGAUGCAGGGAUUUUCUCUACUCUUUGCCUUUCCAUAAAGCCCCUUUCGCUGAAAUAAUUCAUUUGUCCCACAUUUCAUGUUAACUCUGGAAACAUUCUUGCCCCUUCUCGGUUUUGUAGACUUAUUUUGCCUCAAAGGAAUACUAGUCCAUUUAUCAUAAAGGAUAAAAUAGCUGCAGAUGCUACGAGUUUGUUAAUACAAUAUCAGAUAAGGAUGAAUUGUAUGAUAAAAUUUCCCAUAGCUAUUUAAAAGUAUUACAUAGUUUACUGAACUAAGAAUUGUUAGUAAGUUAUGAAAAAUGAUUUGUAAUGAAUAAAUUGUUACAUAUUAUUAUGGAUGGUUUUAACCCUUUGCAUGCUGGGAAAUUUGUCCUCUGCUGAAAUGUUGUCUGCAGAAUUUGUAAAU